ACACCUUAGACAACAUCAGCUUAUUAAUUUCAAAUCAAACAAAACAGAUAAUUAAAUGAACUUUUAAUUAUUUAUAAAUGUUUACAAAUAUUUACAAUUAAACAUAAUCUUAGUCAGUUUGUCCGUGACCUCCAAAUCAGAAGGAGCAACAACUAAACAAUCAACAAUAUGGUUAACACCGAACCAGGGUACGCUAGCCCUCUAGAGGCCAUGAAGAAUGCACCAAGGGAAAAAAUAAUGUACGUAGUUUGCAUUAAUCCCAAUGAUGGUGAUGAUAAAUCAGACCUUUUGGCCACUGUUGACAUUGAUCCACAGUCUCCAACAUAUUGUCAGAUUAUCCAUCGUUUAAGAACUGGUAACAAAAAUGAUGAGCUUCACCACGCUGGAUGGAACGUUUGCUCAAGCUGUCAUUCAUCUACAGGAUGCAAAAAUGCUCCUGCUAGGGACAAACUGAUUUUACCAGCACUGGGUUCUGACAGAAUCUAUGUUGUUGAUGUUGGAAAGAAUCCAAGAGCUCCCGAAUUUCAUAAGGUCAUUGAUGCUUCACAAAUGCUCAAUUUUAACUGUAGGACACCUCACACACCUCAUUGUCUAUCUACUGGGGAUAUUAUGAUUUCUACAAUGGGAGACAAGGAUGAAAAUGCAAAAUGUGAGUUUAUUCUUGUAGAUGGAAAGACUAUGAAAAUCAAAGGAACAUGGGUCAAGGGUAACAAGGUACCAAAAUACAGCUACGAUUUCUGGUACCAACCCUAUUUUGAUGUAAUGGUAUCCACUGAAUGGGGAGUGCCAAGGUUGUUCAAACACGGUUUCCAUCCAUCUCAUGCGGCAGACCCAGAAAUUUACGGACGUAGCCUGAAUUUCUUCUCCUGGUCAAAGCAGGAACUCAUUCAAACAAUUAAUUUGGGCGAGGAAGGAAUUGCUCCACUGGAAGUGAGAUUUCUGCAUAAUCCUAAGGAACCUCAGGGUUAUGUUGGUUGUGCUGUUAACGCCAAUGUAUACAGAUUCUAUCUGAAACCCGAUGGCAAAUGGGCGGCAGACAAAGUCAUUGACGUACCUGCCAAGAAAAUUACAGGAUGGGACGGAGAUUAUUUACAAGGAAUGAUCACCGAUAUAUUAAUAUCUUUGGACGAUAAAUAUUUAUAUUUCAGCAACUGGUUGCAUGGAGAUGUUAGACAGUAUGAUAUUACGGACAGGGCUCAUCCAAGACUAACAGGACAGUUAUUCCUUGGCGGCAAAAUACUUUCAGACUCAACUCACAAGGUACUAGAAGACAUUGAACUUAAAUCCCAGCCCAACCCAGUCGUUAUUAAGGGUAAACGCUUCUUCGGAGGUCCUCAAAUGAUCCAACUUUCUCAGGACGGGAAGAGAUUAUACGCGACGUCGAGUGUUUUAUCACCUUGGGACAAACAAUUCUAUCCGGAGUUGGCUCAAAAUGGUACCAAGAUGUUGAAGAUCGACAUUGAUACUGAAAAUGGAGGCAUGAAGUUUGAUGAGAAUUUCUUGAUUGAUUUUGGAGUGGGUCCAGAUGGACCACUGCUCGCUCAUGAGAUGAGAUAUCCUGGAGGAGACUGUACUUCAGAUAUUUGGCUGGCAGCAGAUUAAUCCAGCGAAUGGAAAAAUAUAUAAAAUAAACUGAUAUAAUAAAUAUUAUUAACGAACUAAAUUAUAAAAAAAUUGUAAAUGAUGUACCUAUUUUCUAUAAUAUAGAUAUGUUUCUACUAUAAGA